AUGGGUUUCCGCAGCGGCUUUGUCAUCUCGUCAACCUCGUUCCUGUUCGGCGUCAUCUUUAUCGCAUCGAUCUACGACUUUCCCUUGCUUUACUUUUCCGACCUCUCCGACUCGGCUGUUGAGGCAGCGGAGCGCUUCUAUCUUUCCCUCUUCAAUGCUCCUCUCGCUGUCACGGCGCUACUCCACGGAAUGAUGGGGCUCGGUGUGAUCGGUCUGAUCGCCAAGCUGCAUCGAUGGAACGAGAUGGCAAAGUACUUUGACGGUGGAUCACUCGUUCUCUUCAUGGGUUCUAUCUGCAUGUACCUCGGCGUGUCAGUCCCCAACCUCCGUUUGAUCUCGGACCCUACCAACGAAAGGUUGGUGUGGAAUUCGGCCAUCGGUACGCAACGUCAAUCUCAGUUGGAAGCUUUCAACAAGGGCGAGAGCGAUUUCAAGCCAAGCGACGGCGCCAUGACCCCGGACGAGAAAGUGGCUGCCAUCAGGAUCAUCAGUGCCAGCAACACAAUCUGCGUCGUUCUGUUGACGGGCGUGUUGAUCCUUCAGAUCAGCGAAUGGUACCUCGAGAGACAGGAAGCUAUCCAGGCCGAAACAAACAGGAGACAACAGGCUAAAGAGUUGGCAGAUGCUAAAAAGGACAAGUAA